AUGCCCAAGAAUCAGCGGGAAAGCAAGGGAGGUGAAACCAGCAUCCAGGAUUGGCAAGAUACUAUCCGCCACUAUCCUGCUCCCUGGGCAGAACUGGAAACCGAAAAUAUCAUCCUCACGCUGCCAUCGGAUGCUGUACGUAGUCACGAAGGGAUCGCUUUCCUCCUCCAGACCUGGGAUCAGAUGAUGAGGGCCAUUGCCCACUUAGCAGCCAUCUCUCCUAUUUUCCCCAGACCAGAGAGGAUUGUGGCAGAUGUUCAGAUAGCAGCAGGUUGGAUGCACGCUGGCUAUCCAAUCAUGAGUGAUGUAGGUGCCCUAUCUGAGAUCAUAGAUGUGCAAGAUUUCUACGCUAAAGGAACUUGGGGCCCAAUCCACAAACUGGGUCAUAACCAACAGAAGUGUGGGUGGGAUUUCCCACCCCAUACCACAGAGGCCACCUGCAACCUCUGGUCCGUUUAUGUCAAUGAGACCGUGCUGAGCAUCUCCCGAGAAAUAGCCCAUCCAGACCUUCAACCGGGUGCAAGAAAGGAGAGGAUUGAGAACUACAUUAGAAAUGGAGCUAAUCUGGACGACUUUGAAGUGUUCACUGCACUUGAACCCUACUUGCAGCUGCAGGAAGCCUUCGGUUGGGACCCCUACAUCCACAUUUUCGCGAAAUACCAAACCAUGAGCAACAUCCCAGAUAACAACAAGGACAAGAUGAACCUGUGGGCAGAAACCUUCUCUCAGGAAGUCAACAGAAACCUGGCUCCUUUCUUCAAAACUUGGGGGUGGCCCAUUGAGGACAGUGUCUCCGAGAAUCUGGCCUUAUCCUACCCCCCCUGGGUUGAGGAUCCCAUGAUAGAGUACCGGCACUCUUGA